AUGCCUGAGACAGAACAGAAGCCACAGUCGUCAGAUGACACCUUUCUCCGCGAAUCGUACGGUCGGCUUCGGCAGACCGUUGACUCUCGGCUGCGGGACGAUCGAGGUUUCCCGCAAGGACAUGGCAUAGGGCGUGAUGCAACGCUGAACCACCUUCUGAACGAUGUGGUCCCUGGGCUCAACGGCCAGAACCUCUCUGGGCGGUACUAUGGCUUCGUCACUGGCUCCAGUCUUCCGAUCGCCGAGGUCGCCGACAACAUCGUCUCAGCACUCGACCAGAACGUGCAGGUUCACCUUCCCGGGCAGAGCAUCUCUACUGAGGUAGAAAAUGCCGCUUUGGAGAUCCUCAUUGGCCUCUUGCGCCUCGGCCCUCCACAGAGCUGGCCGGGGCGGACCAUCACGACUGGUGCCACGGCGAGCAACAUCCUGGGCUUAGCUUGCGGGAGGGAGGCGGUCAUACGAAGACGCAACCCCACGGGACGAGGAGUCUCGGAGUUGGGUCUUUUGGCUGCUUGUCGAGAGGCGGGCAUCCAGGAGAUUCAAGUUCUGACGAGUAUGGGUCAUAGCUCGCUCUCCAAGGCGGCGAGCGUGGUGGGCCUGGGGUGUUCAGCUGUCAAAGAGCUGCGGUUCAGCGAGGAGGAGCCGUGGAGACUUGAUAUGCGUGCAGUGGAGCAGGAGCUCCAGCGAGAGGGAGUGGCAUCCAUCAUUGCCGUCAGUGCUGGAGAGGUUAAUACCGGACGGUUUGCAACCUGUGGUCAGGGCGACAUGAUAAAGCUCAGAGAGCUGGCCGACAAGUUCAAAGCAUGGAUACAUGUCGAUGGUGCAUUCGGCCUCCUCGCCAGGAUCCUUCCACAAGAAGACCCACAAUAUCAGCAUCAGAUCAGCGGUGUUGAAGGUCUCGAGCUCGCCGACAGCAUCACAGGAGACGGGCACAAAUUGUUCAAUGUGCCCUACGACGCAGGCUUUUUCUUCUGUCGUGAUGCUACUAUCCAGGAGCAAGUCUUUCAGAACCCCAAUGCCGCAUACCUCACAUCAUCCACGCCGUCCUCCGCCCACCAGAGCAUACAGAGUCCCCUCAACAUAGGCCUGGAAAACUCACGCAGAUUUCGUGCCCUUCCACUGUACGCCGUCCUGCUCAGCGAGGGAAGGGACGGCUUGCAGAAGAUAAUCUGCCGGAUGAUCGAACUAGGCAGGAAAGUUGCAGCUUUCAUCGAGAGCCAUCAGCAUUACGAGCUACUCCCAACCGAUGCCGGGCUGAAAUGCACGUGGAUGGUUGUCCUGUUCCGUGAUCGGAGGCCCGAGUACAACAACGUGCUGACGGAGAGGAUCAACCGGACGCGCGAGUUGUAUGUCAGUGGGACCAGCUGGGCAGGCCAGAAGGCUACACGGAUUGCUGUAAGCAGCUGGCGGGUCGAUGUCGAAAAAGACGUCCCCAUCGUGGUAGGGGUGUUGGAUCGAUUGUCUAGAACGCCACCUGAUGAGGUCAAAUAAUUGUAAGUAAGUAAAUGAAGUCAACCGCAAUAGGAAUAAGACGUCGAUUUCAGC